AUGGUCAUGGGGGUCUCACGGUCCCUAGCACUGGGGCGCUGGUUCCGCCAUGCAAUUCCUUUUGCUAUCCUCACUCUGUUACUUCUUUACAUCAGUGUAUGGCUCUUCCCUGAGUGGCCCUUUGCGUUACCAGCUCGGAGAAUCCAGGAGUCUGGCCUGUGGGAACUCAAGCUCCCUUCUCCUUCUCCAGUCCUCACAUCUCUGCUUAGCUUCACCUCAGGUGUUUUGUCAGGCUGCAGGCCUGGGGUGCAGUCCUGCAAUCCAGAGGGGCCGCUACCUUCCCAGAUUGGCCCAGCGUUCAGACCCCUAGUGGUCCCAGAGAAGGAAGAGCUUCCCUGUCUGGAGCCCGAUGGGGUGCUGGGUCGCAUGGUGAGCCCCUUCCUGGCCUGUAUGAGGCCUGAAGGGGAUGUGGAGUUGUCUCAGUAUCUGGCAGGAUGGCGAGAACUACUUAGGUUCCUAACUCCCCUUGGCUCUGUCUUCGCCUUUGCCACCAGCGAGGCCUUCAUCAAGGUGACCGACCUCGAGGCUCUUGUGCACGGGCCCGAUGCUUCGCACUACACAUCGUUGGUGACUAUGGUGUUGUGGGAGCGGCGAGCAGGAUUGCUAGAGCGUCCGGGAACCGAACCUCGGCACUCAGCGGGGCCCUCGGGCUCUCGAACGCUGCUUUUGCUGCAUCGCGCACUGCUCUGGUCCCAGCUGUGCCUCCACAGGGUGGCGACAGGGACGCUCGGAGGUCCAGAUGCCGGCACGCAGUGCGGGGACGCCUACAGCACCGCCCUGGCCCCGCACCAUCCAUGGCUUAUCCGUCAGGCCGCUCGCCUGGCGAUCCUGGCCCUCCCGAGUCGCGGUCGCCUGCUCCAGCUGGCGUGUCCCGGAACCGGAGAGGCGGGCGCGCGGGUUGCUCUGGCCCGGGCCGCCCGCGUCCUGGAGGACGUAUACAAUCGUACCCAGGGUCUGCUGGCCGGCCACGGCCUGCUCCAACUGGCUUGAUGGCCCCAGCGUCCAGACACUGACUAGGAAGGCAUUUCUGGGGAGGGAUCUAUCUACGAACUCAGGGGUACCGGCGGCCUGGGUAGCGGUCCUCCUCCGUGACGUCACCACAGUUAAGGCCCGCCCCCAGCAGGGCGGCCCCAGUGAUCCUCUCCAGCCUUAGGAAGCUGGAAGAAGC